GCGAGGUUGGUAUCUAGUGAGUGAGAGAAGGAGAGAGAGAGAGAGAGAGACAAACAGGUGGUCUGGAAACAGAACAAUGUCGUCCGGCGGAGCGACGCGUAAAGAGCCGCGCUCCUCGCUCCAGUGACGGAUUAAAGACGAACAGACGACAAACCCAUGCUCCUUCCUCCUGCCUCCACACGGGCUUCUCCUCUUCCUCCUCCUCCUCUUCCUCCUCCGCCGCCGCCGCCGCGGGUUUGACUCCGGAUCUCUGGGCGCAGACCCCGGGACCGUGAGCCAUGAAAGUCACGGUGUGUUUUGGCCGGACGCGGGUGGUGGUGCCGUGCGGGGACGGCAACAUCAAGGUGCUCACGCUCAUCCAGCAGGCGGUCAUGAGGUACAAGAAGGCGAUCGCCAAGGAUGCCAGUUACUGGCUGCAGGUCCACCGGUUGGAACAUGGUGACGGCGGCAUCCUCGACCUGGACGAUGUGCUCUGUGACGUGGCCGACGACAAAGACAGGUUGAUAGCAGUGUACGAUGAACAGGAGCCCCAUCAUGGAGGCGACGGUACCAGCGCCAGCUCCACAGGGACCCAGAGCCCCGACCUGUUUGCGGCAGACCUCAGCGCCGGCAGCGGAGCUUCAGCCUUCCAGCCGUACCAGGGGGCCAGCGAGAUCGAGGUGACGCCCUCCGCCCUGCGCACAAGUAAGUCUCAACUCCACCGGGUCACGGUUGGCUGCAUCAGAUGA